AUGCACAGGCGGAGAAAGAAAAAGAAGGACCAAGUAUAGGUCCUUGCCAGGCAUCCUAAAUUAUAAGUGAGCCAGGCAGGCCACUCUGCCAUCUAGCUGACAAAAGUUGGGACCCUACCUUGCCAACAGCAUCUAAUGGUCUCUUCAACAACUCCUGAAAGUACAUGAAGUCUGGUGCUGCUCACAAAGGGGCUGAAUAUUUGGCAGUUAAUAACAAGGGCCACAAACCAUGUCUGGCUCCUAUGACGAAUCUGCGGCAUCUGCUGAAGAAAUAACUGACAGCUUUUGGGAGGUGGGGAACUACAAACGGACAGUGAAACGGAUUGAUGAUGGAUACCGGUUGUGCAAUGACCUGAUGAACUGUGUCCACGAGCGAGCCAAGAUUGAGAAGGCAUAUGCCCAGCAGUUGAUUGAUUGGUCCAAGCGGUGGAGGCAGUUAAUAGAGAAAGGCCCGCAGUAUGGCAGUCUGGAGAAAGCAUGGAUGGGCAUAAUGACAGAAGCGGACAAGGUGAGCGAGCUGCAUCAAGAAGUGAAGAAUAGCUUGUUGAAUGACGACUUUGAGAAGGUGAAGAACUGGCAGAAAGAUGCCUUCCAUAAGCAGAUCAUGGGAGGCUUCAAGGAGGCUAAGGAAGCAGAGGAUGGUUUUCGGAAAGCACAGAAACCUUGGGCCAAGAAGAUGAAGGAGCUGGAAGCAGCCAAGAAAGCCUAUCACCUGGCAUGCAAAGAGGAGAAACUGGCUAUGACUCGGGAAGCCAACAGCAAGGCCGAGCAGUCCAUCACCCCAGACCAGCAGAAGAAACUGCAAGACAAGGUGGACAAGUGCAAGCAGGAUGUGCAAAAGACCCUGGAGAAGUAUGAGAAGGUGGUGGAUGAGCUAAGCAAGUGUACCCCACAAUACAUUGAGAGUAUGGAGCAGGUUUUUGAGCAGUGCCAGCAGUUUGAAGAGAAGAGGCUCAGCUUCCUGAAGGAGGUGCUAUUGGAUAUCAAGAGACACCUGAAUCUGGCAGAGAACAGCAGCUAUGCUAAAGUCUAUCGCGACCUGGAGCAGACCAUCCGUACAGCUGAUGCUCAGGAGGACCUCCGAUGGUUCCGCAACAACUGUGGCCCAGGGAUGCCUAUGAACUGGCCUCAAGUUGAGGAAUGGAAUCCAGAUGCAGCACAAACAAUAACAAGAAAAGAGAAGCCUAAGAAGAAUGAAGGAGGCAACACACCCAAUGCCAGCGGAGCUGGGGAGUCAGCGGCACAAUCUGGGGACCGUGGCAGUGUGAGCAGCUACGAUCGGGGCCAGGCCUACACCGCAGAGUGGUCAGACGAUGAGGGUGGCAACACCUACAACUCCAAUGAAGCUAAUGGCGGUGCCAACCCCUUUGAGGAGGAGACUGCUGGGAAAGGCGUGCGUGUGCGAGCUCUGUAUGAUUAUGAUGGGCAGGAGCAGGAUGAACUGAGUUUCAAAGCAGGUGAUGAAUUAACCAAAUUAGGAGAAGAGGAUGAACAAGGGUGGUGCAAAGGUCGUCUGGACAACGGGCAGCUUGGUCUCUAUCCAGCUAACUAUGUGGAGGCCAUCUAAUUUUUGUUGUGUUCUCCUCAAUGCUGUCACAAAAAACAAAAAUGACCCUCUGUCAUCUCCCUUCUCUCUAUGCCAGCCAAGUAGCCAUCUUGCCGUGCAUUCACUCACUCAGCACAGUUAGAGAUCCAAACAUAUUUUCCAACCAAUCUUUUAUUUUUUUAAUAGCCAUCUCUGAAGAGUAUUUUGCAGUCGCUUUAACUUUUUUUAAGAUAAUGUGAUAUGAAAAGUUGAUACUGUGGUGGUGGGGGGUUAUUUUGUAAGUAAAAGUGAAUACCUCAAGCCCUUAAAGCCUAACCAAAAAGGCUUCUGAUUGGUUGGUUUUUAAGGAUAAUAUAAGCAUGAGCCGCCUUCCAAUUGGCUUGAACUGUUUUGAAAUGUCUGGCACUUAAGCUACUGGGGCCAAUCCAAUUCACCUUCUUUGAAUAGACUGGAGCCAGUAAAAA